GUUCACUUUUCGGAUGGAGUGGUGGUUGGUCCCCGUCCAACCGAAGCAACCUCACCUUAUCCUCCUGCGCAGCCAGUACAGGCUACCUCGUUUCCUGUUCAGCCGGAUAUUGGUGCUACUCCACAGUCCGGUGCACCUCGAUCGCCUCCAAAAUUGACUUCACCUCGACUUCGCUCGGCUAGUGUCUCGAAUACACCUCAUGCUGGAGUGGCAAACCCAGCUGAAGUCGCUCCACCAAUGCGAAAUGUGCCAACUACCGCCGUCGAAACGCCACCACUGCCUGAAAACUUUGUGGAAGAUGGAGAUUCUGGCCAACACCCUGUUCCUGAGACAACAACGAAUAAACAGCAAUCGACUCCCACUUUGCCUCCCGAAGUAAUAGCCGCUGCAACAUCGCUUUCGGCUCAGGUGGAUGUUGCGCAUCCACAAUGGACUAACAACGAUAUUUCUGAGGAAGAUAUCAAAGCGAAAAUUGAAGCGAUCAGCCGCGAAAUUGCUCAGGAGUUGGAGCAAAAGCGGAUGGAGACCGAAGCCCAAGCGAAAGAGCGGAAACGAGCUGAAGCUCCUCCUCCAACGCGUCGUCGGUCAACAAACGAGGCUGUCUUCAGCGGUGGCGAAGAAAAUGAGCCAGGCGCAUCCUCCAUUCCAAGGGGAAGAGGGAGACCCAAAGGAUCGGGAAGAACUCGGUCAUCUUUGAGUAGCAGUAGCAGUACUAGCUUUGCCGGAACGAAUACACCAUCACAACAUGACAUUUCCGACAGUUCGGUCAUUCCACCGCGAGGUCCCGACUUCCAAGCUACCCGAACUUCAGUCCGUACUGCUAAUCGCGUUGGCACCAUGCCCGUUACUGUGCGUCCUUGA